CGCACCAAUUCUGCCCCAUGUCUUUACGACCUAACUUGUACAGGAUAGCCUAGGAUAGCCCUGGACUUACCGUAAUCUUCUGUUAAGAAGGUAACAGUCGUCAUAACAUUCUAGGCAUCCUAUCAUAUGCAUCUCUGCUUGUUGAUACCCGAGCUAGUGGAAAUCAUCAUCCUUAACAUCAAUUACCACAAGCCUACCCUCGCACGUUUAGCUUGUGUCUGUACAGCCCUUAGAGACCCAUCUCUGGAUGCUUUGUACUGGCGCGUCGAAUCUUUCGGCGACCUCCUUCGCGUUUUGCCCUGCAAAGAUCUCAUCAGUGUGUGUAUUUCCAGUAGCGGAAACCUGCGUCGCAAAUGCGCGGAUCCUUCCACUCUCAGAGGACGCUGGGACACGUCGGAGCUUACUACAAGAAUCACGCAGCGCCAAUGGAAUACCUUUGCCGCAUACGCAGCCCGGGUCCGCCAUAUCAAGGUUGACUUUGCACUCGGUAUCCCAGGAUACAGCUCUAGGAGCGUUUGCCGAGCAUUUCCCGACCGUUGUCCUAUCCCCUCUUUGUUUCCUAACCUAAGGUCUCUUCAUAUAUCCGGCGGCCCCUCGGUAUUCUGCCCAAGAUUUGUGGAUAGGUUGUGCCUAGGACCAGAAGUCCGCGAUAUUCGCUUCAACUAUCUCACAAUUAAUACGUUCAUGGACAGCAUAUCCUCGCCAGAACAGUUUGCCUCUCGCGUCCCCCUUCUGGAGCGGCUCAGUGCUCCCACGUAUAACACUGCCGACACACUACAGCAUCUAGCACAGUAUAUUCCCCAAUGGCCCAAUCUUACAACGCUGUCUUGUGGCCCUCUGGACACAAACUGCCUAACAUCGCUAUCGUUGCUGCGGUCUUUUAGGCACUUGGAGCUACUUCUCGGAGAAGACACGAUCUGGAUUGAGGAAGACCGGCGCUUUGGGCUCAGCAGGCUUGAAAGCUUGAAGAUAGAAUGCUCUACUUUCGAGAAGUCGGCCAAGGCCCUCGUCGCUGUCUUAUCUCGUGAUCUUCGUCCUCAUCAGCAGCACGAUAAGCUCCGCUAUCUCUCCAUACAUGCUUCUUCGAGCUCCGCGGGCUCGGUGCAAACCCUCACUGAAGCGCUUUCCCGCCUCGUAUCGUCUCAUGCUCUACGGGAAAUCACGCUCGAAGACUCGCUAUUCAAGGAAGCAGGUCUUCAGAAAGCAGACGACGUCGAGUGGAUUCAUCCUCUUUUACACUUUUCCCACCUCACAAACUUCACAAUAUUACGCACCGGCAUGGCCCAUUACUCCCUCUACUCUCUGACAGGCCAUCAACUCCUAAGCGUCGUGCGCAAGUGGCCACAGCUCGAGGUGUUGCGUGUUUUGCAUCUCAAAUCGCUGCUCACACUCCCGGAAGCAAUCGCACUCAUAGGCACGCUACCUCGCCUUUCCGCUUUCGAUGUCGGUAUUCAGGUCACGCACGAGGACGUUGCGACAUUGGGAGAUAGCAGCGUCCCCCUCCCGUGCAACGACUACAUCACGGCGCUUUCCAUGCAUUGCGAGGAAAGAACGAUGCAUCCAGGGGACGAUUUCCUUCUUGCUUUCAUUCUGACACGCGUUUUUCCACGGUUGAGCACCAUUUAUAACGCUCGUCUGAGUCAUGGUCGCAGUGCCGAGGUUCAAAGCAGCAGUUUCUGGGUCAAAGUUAACGACGAAGUGACUGCUAUAAAGGAAAACAUCGCAUUGUCUUGAUGACGUUGAUACGCGGUGAUCUAGAUCUACCACGUUUCCUCGCUCGGCAGUAAAGGUCGUGAUAUAGCUGAUUCUAGUACCUAUAUCCCUAUGCGUAGUUGACGACCUAGACUUUCGCAAAAUGGUCAUACAAACCUAUACAGCAUC